AUGCCCGGCAAAAUCACCAUCUACGUAGACGUGGUAAGCCCCUUCGCCUACAUGGGCUACUACAUCCUCCGCCACAGCGCCGCCUUCAAAGACAUCACCGUCGAACCCGUCCCCAUCCUCCUGGGCGGCCUCAUGAAGGCCACGGGCAACAUCACCCCCAUCUCCGUCAAGAACAAGGACAAGUGGAUCGAGGUGGAGCGCCACCGCUGGGCCCGCAUCUUUGGGAUUCCCAUGUGCGGGCCCCAACCUCCCGGGUUCCCCGUCAACAUGCUCAAGCCCGACCGCGCGCUCGCGUACCUGCACGCGAAGCACCCGACGCACCUGCCGACCGCGCUGGACGCCGUGUUCCACCAGUUCUGGGGCCUGCCGGAGUCGAAUGUCAAGGUUGCACAGCCGGACGGCGAGCACGGGUUUCUGGCGGCGUUGGAGAAGGCGCUGCCGAAGGAGGUCUUUGAGGGGGUUCGGGAAGGCUGGAAUGGGGAUGUUGCGAAGGGGAGGUUGGGAGACAAUACCAAGAUGGCGGAGGGACAGGGCGUCUUUGGGUUACCGUGGUUUGCGUGUGAGAACGGGAAGGGGGAGAAGGAGGGGUUUUGGGGCGUGGAUCAUUUGGGUCAGGUUGUGCGAUUCAUGGGACUGGAAGCGAGAGGUGGGGGCGAGGUGCUCAAGGCACUGUUGUAG